UUCAGUCGAUGAAUAUACAGAAUUCUCUUUCUCUGUUUCUCCUUCCUCAUCUCUUUCUUCUUCUUUCUCCCUUCUGAUUCUCCUAUUGUUCUCUACUUCUUACUUUUCUUACCUCUUUGGUAUCUGAUUUUGGGUGAUGAAUUCUGAAGUUGAUUAGUCCGAUCCGGAGUUCCACUUCGGCAGGAUCUUUGAACUUGAAUUUCAAUCUUAACAAAGAAGGAAGUAGUACUUGCCAUGGGAAUUCAUCAAAGGUUUUGGCUGGUCAUCCUUAUUGCAGCACCAUUAGCAGUAAUUGCAGCAGAACUUCCUAUUGCGAAGCCUGGUUGUCCAGAUAAAUGUGGCAACGUAAGUAUUCCAUAUCCAUUUGGUACAAGAGAAGGAUGUUACUACGAUCACAAUUUUUACAUAAGUUGCAAUGACACUUAUGGUCUCCCAUUAGCUUUUAUACAAAAUAGUACAAUCAAUGUCACCAACAUAACUCCUGAAGGGAGGAUGCACAUAAUGAAAUUGAUAGCCCAUGAUUGCUAUGAUGAGCUCGGUCGCCCAAUUUACGACUACGACAACAAUCCUACGUUCCAACUGGAUUCAAACGGCAGUUAUACUAUCUCUGACACUGAAAACAAGUUUGUUGCUGUUGGCUGUGAUACGUAUGCAUAUAUAGAAGGUUUCCAAGGUGAUAAAAGUUACACUGCAGGUUGCAUAACCAAAUGUGACAGCGUUGAUUAUGUAACUAAUCACGCAUGUUCUGGAAUUGGCUGUUGCCAGACAUCCAUUGCCAAAGGAACGGACUACUUCAGUGUAUCAGUGACAAGCUAUACAAAUCAUACAAGAGUUUGGAAAUUCAACCCUUGCAGCUAUGGCUUCGUCGUGGAAGAAAGUAAGUUCGACUUUACUUCAAAUAAUCUUCGCGACUUACAAAAUGUUAGUAAACUCCCCAUGGUGCUUGAUUGGUCAAUUCGGGACGUCAACCAUGCAUGCGGUAAAAGUAUAAAAGCGAACGCAUGCCAAGGAAAUAGCUCUUGCAUUCCUAUUGAUAAAAAUAGAUAUCGAUGCAAGUGCUUAGAGGGUUUUGAAGGAAAUCCAUACCUACCUAGUGGUUGCAAAGACAUUAAUGAGUGCUUAGACCCUAAUAUCAAUGACUGUAAAGGUAUGAUCUGCACCAAUACAAUAGGAAGUUAUACAUGUUCGUGCUCCAAAGGUUACCAUCGUGUUGAAAUAAGUGGUAAAGAAGUUUGUGUUGCAAAUAAGCAGUAUGACUGGAAGCGAAUUCUGAUCCCUAUAGGGAUUGGAGGCCUUGCAUUAUUGCUAGUAGUUGGCACUUGGUUGUCUUGGGGAUAUAAUAAAUGGAAGCUCAUCAAACUCAGGCAAAAGUUCUUCAUGCAAAAUGGAGGUUUGAUGUUGCAACAACAACUAUCCAACCAUGAAGGAUCUGCAAAAACAACUAAAAUUUUUACAGCUGAAGAACUUGAGAAGGCCACAAACAACUUUGAUGAAAGCAGGAUUAUAGGUCAAGGAGGUUAUGGGAUGGUUUACAAAGGAACUCUUAGAGAUGGGAGAAUUGUUGCAAUCAAGAAGUCCCACAUUAUUGAUCAAAGUCAAAAUGAGCAAUUCAUAAAUGAAGUGGUUAUUCUUUCACAAAUCAACCAUAGAAAUGUGGUGAAGCUGUUAGGUUGCUGCUUAGAGACAGAAGUUCCAUUGUUGGUUUAUGAAUUCAUUACCAAUGGCACUCUCCACCAUCACAUCCACAAUAAAAUAAAGGCUUCAUCAUUGACUUGGGAAAUCCGCUUAAGGAUAGCAGCAGAAACUGCAGGAGUGCUAUCAUAUUUGCACUCUGCAGCAUCUACACCAAUUAUUCAUAGAGAUAUAAAGUCUACAAACAUACUCCUAGAUGAUAGCUAUACAGCAAAAGUAUCUGAUUUUGGUACUUCAAGGUUAAUUCCACAAGACCAGGUUGGAUUAUCUACUGUUGUUCAAGGAACCAUUGGAUACUUGGACCCUGAAUACUUGCAUACAAGCCAAUUAACUGAGAAAAGUGAUGUUUACAGCUUUGGAGUCGUCCUUCUCGAGCUUUUGACCGGAGAAAAGGUACUUUCCUUUGACAGGGUAGAGGAAGAGAGAAAUCUUUCCAUGUACUUUUUUUCUGCAAUAAAAGAUAAUUGCUUGGGAAAAAUUCUUGAUGGUUCCAUAGUGAAUGAAGCAAACACUAAACAGCUUAAUGAGGUAGCUAACCUUGCAAAGAGAUGCUUGAGUGUAAAAGGGGAGGAAAGGCCUACAAUGAAGGAAGUGGCUAUGGAAUUAGAGGGACUGAGAAGGAUGACAAAGCAUCCAUGGGUUAAUGAUGCAUGGGAUCCAAAAGAAGUAGAGUACUUGCUUGGUGAAACAUCUGAUAAAUCUGGUCAUGACUUUGAUGUUAGUGGUAGCAUGAGCAUCAUCUCCAACAACUUUCCAGAUCAAGUAGAACUUGCAAUUCGCAAUGGGCGAUAAACAAAAGUUUCUUGGUGACUAGUUGAUACCCAUCCAUGUUAGUGCCAAUCAUAAAACUAAGAAAAACAAUGGGGGAAAGGAAGAGACCACAAUCAUGUGGAUAGGAUUCUCUUCCUAAUUUUCAAUAUAUUGUUCUCGGUGUGUACUUCGAAUGCUAUGUAAAAAUAAAUAACAUCAUUGAUC